UAGAACAAGGCUUUGCUGAAGAAGAAGAAACACGGUUUCACCAAGCUUAGAAAAGAGAAUGUCAUUUCUUCAAAUGCUUCAGUGUGUUGAAUCCCCUCAGCAUUUUGCCUUGAGAGAACCAAAUUUGCGGAACCUUUUGAGGCUGCAACACUUGAAGAAGCCUUGGGACCUAAACAACAAUCCUUUCAUUCCGGACAUGGAAACCCAAAUUCAAGCACUUGAGCUAGAAAGCUGCAUCUUCCAUGAAAUACUACUCGGCCUGCAUUCACCAGUAAAAUCCGAGACCAAAGAUCUUAAAAAAAGCGCCCCUUCGGGUUCAUGUUUCCAAGUUCUCAGCUCCGGGUCGAACCAAGACCGAACAAAGUCUGCAACGACAGACAACUUGGGAUCGAGAGAACCACGGAAGCGAAAACGAACAAAGGUGGCGAAGAACAAAGAAAUCGAGAGCCAACGCAUGAACCAUAUUGCCGUCGAACGCAACCGUAGACGCCAAAUGAACGAUUAUCUAAAUUCCCUCCGCUCUCUCAUGCCUCCAUAUUAUAUCGAAAGAGGAGACCAAGCUUCAAUUAUAGGUGGUGCAAUUGACUUCGUUAAGGAGCUAGAGCAACUUCUUCAAUCCUUGGAAGUACAGAAGAGAAUGAGGGAAUUCGAAAGCAACAAUAUUAGUGAUAAUUCAGUGCCUAAGCCCGCCAUGGAACCAGAUAAUGGAGAUGAAGUAAACGCAGAAAUCAAAUCACGUGCAGCCGAAAUAGAGGUUAAUGUAAUAAACGGUCAUGUCAACUUAAAGAUUCAGUGUUCAAGAAGAGCUGGUCAGUUGGUGCAAGCCAUUUUCACCCUGGAAAGUCUUAGAUUGAUAGUUUUGCAUCUCAACAUUACCACUUCCCAAGCAUCUGUUCUCUACUCGUUCAAUCUCAAGAUGGAGGAUGACUCUGAGCUAAUAUCAGCGGAUGAGAUAGCAUCAGCAGUUCAUCAAAUAUUCAGCUAAUUCAAAGUUUAAAAAAGAU